AAACCGCGUCCAAUUGAAGCUACAGUGAAACGGUGCAGCCCAAAUCAGCGGGAAAGCCAGAGAGAAGAGGAUAAAGAAAGCCACAGAGAUACAAGGUUCGACCUCCCUUAUUCGUUCUCUCUUUCCCCUGAAACCCUAAUCUUCCAGUACGGUGGUGAUUUCUUUGAUUGGGCGUGGCGUUGAAUGGAGAAUAGAGGAGUUAGCAACAUCUGGGGACUCCUCUCUCUAAAUCGUUUCGUUAUCCGACCCUUUGUUGACUGAGGAUUCCUUGGAGUUGAGAAACUCAUUCUUGAUGGAAUGUACGGUGUGUCUACAGCUCCUUUGAUUUUAAGUUCUUGUUGCCUUGCGUGUCUAUAGCUCCUUUGAUUUUAAGUUCUUGUUGCCUUGUGAUUGAUCAUCUGUUUGAUUUUUCUAUUAAAUUCUCUCUUAUGUUUUAUUCAAUCAUCUGCAUAUCUGAUCCUGGAUGGUAAUGAGGCAAAGGUGCCUUAGUGGGUUUUGGUCUAGAGUUUAUUGAAUUAACAACCCUGAUGUAAAACAUAGAAUUUUUCUAGUCCGAGGGUAAUUUGUGGUGUUGGUUUGAGCCUUGGUUUUGUGGAAUUGACAAAACCUUGAUCUGAACCACAAAAGUUUCUAUUUUGAGGUUACAACGUGAUGUUUUUUGGCAUGAAACUAAUCAGGCAAGUCCCAGAUUAGUGCUUUCCUUGAGUUUGGGCAAAUUUUCAUAUUUUUUCUGGGCCCCUGGAAUUAAUUUUGGGGUCAGCUUAUCAGCAAACCUUGACUGCUAAGAUCAUAUGGUGGUUGCCUUUUAAGUAACAAGGCUACUAUUAUUAGAUGCUUUAGAAUUUGAUUUGGGGCUAUGAGAGAACAUUGAUGGGCAUGUAAGGUGCAGUUAGGUUUUCUUGGAAACAUAUGGCUUUUAUAUAGCAUUAGUAGUUCCUAGUGGUAAAAUAUCUCAUGAAAUAUAUGGCUGCUGGCUACUAAGAUUAAGUAGCUCCUAGUAGUAAAAUGCUUGUUGCUCACUCAUAAGGCUACUGGCUACCAAGAAGAAAUAGCUCCUGGUAUUAAAAUGAUUGUUGCUCACUCAAAAGGCUAAUGUCUAAGAAGUAGCUCCUAGUAGUACAGUGCUCAUUCCUAUCUCAUAAGGCUACUGGCUACUGAGAAGAAAUAGCUCCUAGUGGUAAAAUACUUGUUGCUCACUUAUAAGGCUACUAACUAAGAAGAAGUUGCUCCUAAUAGUAAAACAUGAUUGGUCGCCAUAAUAUCAAUGGCUACUGGCUACUUAGAAGAGGCAGUUAUUAGUGGUAAAAUGCUUGUUCCUCAUUCAUAAGACUACUGGCUACUAAGAGUAGUUCCUAGUAGUAAAAUAUUAUUGGUUGCCCAUAAAAUACUUGGCUACUGGCUACUAAGAAAAAGUAGCUCCUAGUAGUAAAAUGUUGUUGGUUGCCCCUGAAAUAUAUUGGCUAUUGGCUACUAGGAAUAAGUAUUGUGUUGGGUUUCAAUUUAUUCCUUCCUUUUACUCUUUUAGUGGAGAAUUGUUGAUGGAGAUGGAUGGUCAAUAACUGUGUCUACUUAGCAUUCUUAUGUUUCUGGGCAGACAUCUUGUCAAUAAUAGUGUAGAUCGUUUCACAAAGAUAUGAAAGGUGAAUUUUUCUGUAUAAUGAAGCCACUUAAAUUGUUGUGACAGGGAGUAAGAACUUGUCUCUGAACUCUAAUGGAUCUUGAGAUAUAAAAAUUCUGAAGGAAGGUUCCCCUUACCUUUCUAGUUGUUUUGCUGAAAUUGACGUUGCUUUGUUGCUAAAAGGCUGAAAUAAUGACUGCUUGUAAUUAUGUUUCCAGGAGGGUAAUCCUUCUGAUCCCACAACUUCCUGAAUCCUGGUUCUUGCUAAUUAAGCUUGUUGGCAGCUUUGUCUUAUGGUUUUCUUUCUCAAUUUAAAUAAAAAAUGAAUUUUGUGAUCUUUUUGAAUCCUGUUAAUUAAUGCUUCAAUUUCAGUGUCUUAAGUGUUAGUAUCCUUCUAGAAUUAUUUGACUGUUAAUGGUGAAAGCUUGAAAGACAUUGAUCAAAGUUGGUGCUCGGAUAGUCUUCCUAAGAAACAACAGUACAUUUAUCAGAGAGACACCAAGUGUUCCUUAAAUGAAAACAAUGACACCAAAUAUUCCUUAAAUGAAAACAAUGGAUGGAUGGAUUUCAUGCCUACAUAUAUUUUGUGCUGAGCCUGUCUUCCUUCCAAACAAUAUCUUGCAAUCAAUUCAUUUUUACCUGAUCUUGCAGAUCCUUGACGCAUUUUCAAAUUGUGUUUUAUCUCCAAAUAAAGAAUCUACAGUUGUCCUAUUCUUCCUGGUUACUGGAGUAAGCAUUUUCUUCACUGUAAAUGUGCAUGGAUGACAGUGGUGACCAUGCAUCAGCCCCUCUUGCUAGCUUUCUCUAUGGUAGUUUGUACAUGUUUAGAUGCUUUCAUUUAUUUGCUCUGUCUUCUUCUCUUGGCAACUGUUUUGGGGGUGAUCCUGCAUAAUGACAGUACAAUUGGAAAAUUGUUAUUUGUAACAUUCCUGUAGCAUUUGUAGGUUCAAAUGAAGAAAAAUUACCAAAAUAGCUGACUCUAUCAAUUUAUAAGGGAGCAAAACUGUGUUUUAAGUUUAUUGAUCAAAUUUAUGUUCUGCAUUUCACCUUUUUUUUUUAUUAGUUAUGUUUCCUCUAUUUAAUAUAGGUGGUGGUCAUCUUGUCAAAAAAGUUAAAAAGUUUGACAAAGUCAUGCAGUGAACAUUCUAUCAAGCAUGAUAAUGUUUCUCUUCAGGAUGAAAUAUUUUCUGUCAACAGAUUGGCUUGCUGGGGGAUUAACAUUCUUCUCCUUUCAUGAUUUUGAGACUGAUGGAGGAUGUCAUACAAGGUUUAGAACGAGAAAGGCCUACAGUUGGACUGUUGCAAGAAUAUAAAGGACACACUUGCAAGUCAUUCAAAAUGGAUUGCUGCCUUACCAAUACUGAUUCCCACUUAACUGGUGGAUCUGAGGAUGGUUCUGUGGUGUUGUUUUCUUCUGGGAUUUGGUUGAUGCAUCUGUGGUGUCUAAAUUCCAAGCCCAUGUGUCACUGGAAUGGAUGGGUUCUCUUUACAAGAUUGGUGCGAAAACCCAACCAAAUGUUUAAAG